UCUUGUCCCCAUCCCAUCCUGCGCUCCCUGCGGGGCAGUCUUUCUCGCAGAUGAUGGAUUUCUCUGCAAGGUCAUUGCUCUCGUAGACUGGCUUUGAAGCUCCAACUGCCAGACUGAACUCUUCACUCUGCCUCGGAAAUUCCUGCCUUUGUACUGGCUCUGCCCUCUGACUGGAGAACAAGGGAUGUGGCAAACUGUUCAAAGUGCCCUGAGGUUGGUAAAGGACCAAACCCAAAGGAGAUCCUGACCUCAGCAAAGACACUGUUCACUCUAAGACCAGAGUGCCCCAGAUUCUGUCAAUCCCUCGGGCCCUCCUUUACAAAGGGUGAGGAGCAGCGCCACAGAAGGCCCAGGGGCUGGGCCCUGGACGUCCCUGUCCUCCGCAGUCGGCUCUCCCGCGCCCCUGUGUUCUCUGGGAGCGAGGAGCCCCAGCUGACCAGCUCCGUGCCUGGCUUCCUUUUCACAUCUCUUUCCAUCACUGCAAGUACUGCCGGGAGACACUUCCCAUCGUUCAACAUGAUUAAAGAGCCCAGUGUGGGAGGAGGGACUCCUGACCAGUGUCCCACAUGAGCCGAAAGCAGAAAUCAGUGAUACGCUCUCAUCCUGCUGCCGGGUGAUAGAGUCUCGCCGAAGUGCCCACCACCGCACGUGGAGCUGUCUUUGCCAAAGGAAACCAGGCAGAGUGGAGGCCUGGUUUCGGUGAGACCCCCGUGAUGUGCGUGCGGGGAGGCGCCACAGCCAGGGAAAGAGGCAGCAGAUCAGCAAGAUUGGCGCUUCAGAGGAGUCACUGCUGACUGCAUUUUCACGCUAACAACUGUAGAGCUAACAACUGUUCCCCAGUAGGAGCAUUGAUCAGGGGAGAGCUCUGAGGUUUCCUUGAAGAGAAAUUCCAUGGGGACUGUACCUGACCUUCUGAGAUCGACGAAGACUUCUCUGAUCACAGCUUCUGGAAAAGAAGAGGAUCUAGGAGAGGUGCGGGCUGCCUCACCUCAGCUUCAUCCAGCCCUCCUGUGUAAGAACACCAAUGGCCUUUCUGGUCCUUCUGCAGCACCAGACCUCAGCCCCAGGGCAGCUGCUGAGGCCCUGAUGCAGGCCUGUGAGCAUGAGACCACCCAGCCAGACAUGUCUUCUCCUGGCAUUCUCAGUGAGGUGGAAAAAGUGUCUCCCACAUGCAACUCUCCUGGCAAUACCCAGCUGCCAGGGAGCAGCCAGCCGGGAGCGCCAGCCCUGUGUUCUACAGCAGGAAAAGAUCUCAUCCAUGACACAGUCACAAUGCCAGCCAGCCAUCACGCCCACCGGACCUCCCCAGAUGUCUGGUCCUGCGCCAGCCUCUCCUCAGAACCGGAAGCUAGCCUGGUGAAGUCACAGAGAACCUCACAUAAAGAGCGACCUGAGACGUCAGGUUGUCCUACAGGAGGCACUUGGGAUGGCAGCAGAGAUCCAGUGUCCUGUGAUUUUCCUUGUCCAGAGACAACCCAGGAAAUAGUGCAAACUGCAAAUGCAGCCACAGGAGUGGCCGGUCAUGCCUCCUCUCCCAUAGGUGGACCUGAAGGGGAAAGGCAGGGAGUCAUUUGCAACUCCCAGACAAGGUCCUGUGACUCUCCAGCAAGAGAAGGUGGAUGUUCAGAGGACAAACAGCGCUCCACCACUGCCCCAGACACCCAGGCCGUGACUUCUGUGACACAGCAAGCAAACCCCUUCACUAGCAAAGUUUUGACGUUUCCUUCAGAGCCAGAGAAGGUUCUGCUACCAGCCCAGCCUCAGGUGUCCAGGUUCAAGGAAGCAAGUACAAUGACCAGCCAAGCUACCAGUGAUGUCAAGGAAAUUCCCAGGAGGGCUCAGCAGGAUGCAGAGGUGCAGGCCGUGGCAAGUGUGGAAAGCAGGUCCGUCUCCACCAGCCCCAGCAUCCUCACUGCAUUCUUAAAGGAAAUCCCUGCUCCUGAGCAUUUCGAACAAGAGCAGCUGCAUGUCAUUUGUCCUGGCAGUGGCAGUGGGGACCACACAUUGGAACUGUCUGACAACACCCUGUUCUCCCAGGAGGUGGGGCAGUGCCCUGGCAUCGUGCCAGUUGUGCACAUCCAGGCAGCCACAGGUAUUCCCACAGCUUCCCAGGGAGAACGUAAAUCGGUGAGCCUACCAGGUGAGGUCCUUAAAACCUCAUCAACUGAUGUGGCAUCCAGCAGUGCACAGGAUACGUGUGCAGAUGGGAAGUCAGCAGGAAUGACUCCAGCAGGGCAAGAACCCAGCUCUAAAGAGCUUUCAGGUACUGGUCCUAGCUCCAUGAAAGUCAGCCCCCUUAACCAGAUUUCUACCAGGGCAGGAAGUCAAGCUGAGACAAGUUAUGGGUCGGGGAAAUUUGAAACCAAGCCAUCUGAGUUUGCAGUGAAGCCCAUUGAUGGACACAAAACAGACUCAGACUGCAAACUCUCAGACUCCUGCGGUCGCAUGGGCAAAGCUGACCAGUCUGGCAGCUCAGAUACGGCUAAUAAAUUAGGUGAUGCAAGAGAGAAGCCUGCGUCUCCCCAGACAGUGGAAGAACAAGAAUCUAGGGGCACCCACGUCCUUGAUGUGAGGGCAAGGGCAGAGGCCAAAAGCCUCCUGCUCAAUCCCAAGUCUCAAGAAAGUGAAGGCACAGAAUCAGCUGCCAGUCGCACUCCCUCCCCGGUUAGAAAGAACCAGGAGGGCAGCACAGAGGAAAAUAGGCAGAGCAAGACAGCCACGAGCCUGAGCCUGCCAUCCGAGUCUGUGGGCGACUCCAGUCCGAGUUCUGGGAAGAGGACCCCCUCUCGCUUGGCCAAAGCCAGCCCGCGCCGGGCCAGCCGGGUCAGCGAGUUCCUCAAGGAGCAGAAGUUAAACAUGACGGCAGCUGCUGCUCAGGUGGGACUCACUCCAGGGGAGAAGAAAAAGCAGCUUGGCGCCGACUCCAGGCUGCAGCUGAAGCAGUCCAGGCGCGUCAGGGACGUCGUGUGGGAUGAGCAGGGCAUGACCUGGGAAGUGUAUGGUGCUUCCCUGGACCCAGAGUCCCUGGGUGUCGCCAUCCAGAACCAUUUACAAAGACAAAUCAGGGAACACGAGAAAUUAAUCAAAGCUCAAAGCAGCCAGACCCGCAGGUCCAUAUCCUCAGAUACUUCCUCCAACCGAAAGCUGAAAGGGAGGCAGCACGGUGUUUUCCAGGCCAUGCUGCAGAACCUGCGGCGCCCCAGCUGCUGUGUGCGCCCUGCGCCUUCCUCGGUGUUGGACUGACGGGGAGUAUUUCUGGGAGCCGUUGUGUGCACCUAACGGUGUUCCCAAGUGUCUGUUUGUGUCAAGGCUUGCAUAGCUUUUUCUGAGCAACCAGGAAGAGAAAGCGAGUAUUAACAGUAGCGAGUUCCUGUUGAGAAUUGUUGGGUCCUCUGACUGGGGCUCCAUAAGUGAAAAUGUAAUUUUAUUACAAAAGAAAGAACAAGGGAAAAGAAACAAGCUUCUUAAUUAAAAGGAAAUAAUAUUCACUGGGUUUUUAAAUAAGACGUUGCUUGUAGAACUAGCAUUACCGUUAUACAUAUGUCAUUUUGUACUAUUACUCCCUCAAUUUAUCACACUGGUAUUUCCACUAAAAUCUUGGCUUUAUAUUAAAAACAGCAAAAACACUAUUAGCAAAAACACUUAUACUUUCUAGUUCUAGUGCAAUAAGAAUGCUGUUACCACAUUAAACUUAAGUAGGUAAUGAGAACUUCAGUGUAAAAAAUUGAAACAAAUUUUACCCUUUCCUAGACCAGAUGACAUUAAGUAAAAGUAUUUAAAUGCAUAAAAUACCAAUUGUUAAUUAAUAUUUAUAAACAUCUGCAGAUAACCAUUUUUAUAAACUGUGUUAUACCAGUUCAUAAAUGUCAGAAAGUUAUAUUAGAAUUAGCUAAGCUUUUGAAUAUGAGUACUGCCCACAUAAUAUAUGAAUUAAUGUACAGAUUUUCCUGCACUGAAGGCAGAAUAUAUCUCUGAUUCUGACAAGAUUAGAUUCAUCUUUCAUUACCCUAGAGGAAGUACAUGCAACUGAAUUCUUAAAAAGAGUCAAAUUAUUGAUAAUACCAAAUUGUGUGUUCUAGAGGUGUUCUCCAAAAACAUUCUUCUGAGAAUGUUAAGGUUCUGGUAAGGAAUUAUAAAUAACUGAUUACCAAACACUUUUUUUUCUACAUUAAAAAAAGAAAGCCUCCUGAGUAACACAAACAAUAUGUUUAAUUUCCACUCCUGUAAACAGGUUGCAGUUUGUGUUUUUCUUUGAAUUUGGUUCAGUGGCUUCUAAUAGAAAGGUAGUCAACACCAAAUGGAACACAAGCUUCCUUAGUUUUUGUAUGUUGACUAAUAUCACCUAAUUGCUUAGGUUUCUAAUCUGCAGUGAAAAGGUCACCUCUGCAAACUUGAUUUUAAGAGAAGUGCCAUCCUAUCUCAUCCUUCAAGCCCAAUAAAAGAAGAGGCCUCUUCUGAAACAGUUUUGACCUUUGGGUGGGCCAUGGUUCUUGAGAACAUAGACACCUGCUUGAGCUCAGCACUCACCUGUCUCCAGAGGAAGAGUAUGUCCCUGAGACCCAGGAGUGUCUUACAGGACACUGGCCUGGGAGGAACGGCAGUGGCUUGAGAGGUGAGGUAGUAUGGAACUGGGGAGUAGCUAGGAACCUGAGAAGUCAGCCCUUACUGGAUUCACUGUAGGGACAGUGCUGGUCUCCAUUUUACAUUUAGGAAAUCAGAUUGUUAGAUGUCAGGGGGGCAUUCGCAGGCUGCCCCCUCUGAGCUAAUUCUCCUUGAGCCAGAAAAUAGUGUCUGUCCAUGUAUCCUCUCUCCAGAGACUCAGAAAUGCCAUUUGUGCUGUGAACUCACAAUCUCUGUUUUAGUUGUUUUUUUUUUCAAUUCUUCUGCAGAUUCUGAAUAUAUGGGGGGAAAUCGUACCUGAACUUUAACACCCCAGGCUACACUGAGCACAGCCUAAAUUGGCAAAUAGCCAUUGAUUUCUUUCAAAGCAAUUGGACUAUGUUUGAAGCCUGCGCAAGUCGCAGCAUUCUCGGAGUCUGAGAAUGGUGAUCACAAUUGUUGUAGUUGGAACAGACAAUUUUUUUAGUAAGUUACAUUUUUCAGGUUCCUUACCAAUUGGCCUCUAUUAAGGAUACUAUUUAAAGUAGAAAUUACCAUCAAAACAGCAAGCAAACCACUAUUAAUGAUUUGAGAUGUGGUCUAAAACUCUCUCUUCUGGCCUUCAGCACCCAUUUGUAUCAGUGUCCUGUCACUUCCGUGGGAGAUGCCUUUGCCAGACAGGCUCUCGCCCUCCCUCUCUCACUGGCUGCCUGCCUCACUCAUUGGCAUACAUGCCGUGUAUACACACAGAACAGCCUGUGUACACAGUAGCAGCUGUCAACAGUACCAACUCCAGAUGGAUGGGCCCCAGGUAAUCCUCUGCCACAAAGUGGCUGGAACAGGCCGUUCCUGCAUUAAAAUAGAAGAAAAGGAAGAAUUCGGCAUCUAGGAAAAGUAUUUAUUUUCAUGAGUUUGGAGAAACCACAUGAUUUAUAAAUAGUUCAAUGAAGCAGAGGCCUCAGAGUUGUAGGCAUUUGUUGCACAUUAAAUAAACAAAUUAAUAAAAUCACAUUAAUCAAAGCUAAAUUUGGUGGUGUAGUUGUGCCUCCCCAGGUAAGACUCCAUGUUUGAUGUGGUAACUUUACCUUGUUUUCUUUGGUGCUGGAACUAACCUUUACUUUUUAGUCUUUAAUUCUUCACUUUUCAAUUUCUACCACUCUCAAGGGAUUGUCAGAAUAGUACAAAAUACUAUAUAUAGUACAUAAUACUAUGUAAUAGUACAAAUUAGUACUGAAUAGUAUGAAAGAGUUCUUUUGUGGCUUAUUGAAUCUUAUAGAAGGAACAGCUUUUAAAAAUAGUAACAAGUAGAUCAUCAAAUGGAUCAAUAAGACAGGAUGUCAUUCGAGACAGCAGUAUUUUUGCCUAAUGAUGCCCCAAGAACUCCCACCAUAAAACCUUGACUUGAAAAAUGUCCUUCACUUCAAUCUGUGACUCUGUACAGACAUUCAGUCCCUCCUUUGUGACCCCUUAGGUUCACUCACCAAAUGAAGUUGCAGAAGAAUUCUCAUGGCAGACCCUUGGAACUGGUCCGGCUGCUCUUUAUCUUCCAGCAUGACAUACACUGGGUUGAAAGUUGUUUGUUUUUGCCUCUUCUUUCUUUUCAAUAUGUUUUAUUCCUUUUUAAUGCAUUUUCAUUGUGGAAAUAUUUUAUUAAGUAAAUAAAUAGAAAAUGUUUCUAAAACCAGUAGUAAGAGAUGUGUUAGAACAAAGUAUCUGGAAGAUAAUGACACAUUUAAAAUGUUAAGAUGCUAUCUGGUUUACCCAGUGAAUAUUAGAAUUUUUAGUUUAAAUACUGAUUUUUCUGUUUUAAUUACUGUAAGAAAAGUGUCAUCACUUUAACCACCAUAUGUUUAUCUUCAGUGCUUUUCUAAUUAUCUCUUUCUGGGUUAUUGGCUCUGAUGCCACACCACAGCCCAACUACUUUAGAUAUAGUAAAAUCCUAAUUAACCUUGUGGUGUUUUUGGAUCAGUAGCAUAAGGUGAAAACAUUUUGUUUGGUCAACGUUAACCAGAAACCUUUUUGUUUUUAUCCAAAAUGAGAGAUUUAUACACCAUAUUAGCAUGUUUUCCUCCUUGACAAGUUCAGCUCUAUUUAAUUUGAUUUUUUAUGAUUUUUCAAUCUUUAGAAUUGUCUGAUAUUCAUUAUUUUGAAUACCAGUGUUCUUCAUGUAAUAGGUUAAAUAUCAAAAUUAAAAUAAAUUGGGCUGGAUAGGCAUGCAUAUCUUAUACUCUAGAGGUUGAAUUUUGUAACCAAAUCUUUAAUAGGAGCUUGCCCAUCUUAAAGUAGAAAGCUGAAGAGGAAAGUGGCUCUUGGUUGCAUCCCAGAGUAUUUGUUAUUGUUCCUAGUGUAUUCUAAUGUUAUUCCUCUCAUUUCUGGGAGUUCCUAUCAUCCUGGGAAUACCUGUAUAUACCACAUGAAGAAUAUGUUGUGACUUUCAGCUUUGUUUACAGAGGGUACAUGUGAGUAUGCUGUUCAUGUAUGGUUUGGACUUCACUGUGUCUACUGUUACUGUUCUGCUGCCAAAAUGUGAGAAAAUGUCUCCUAUUCCUCCUACAUAUUGUGCAAAUGUUAAAAAAUGUGUCCAUUUCUAGUACCAUAUAGUUCACCACAUCCCUUGUCUACUUUUUAAAAAUCAGUAUAAAGAAAAACAAUAUAUUAAGAUAAGGUUUGCAUAUAUGUAUAUGUGUUUUUACUGAAAUUUGGGCACUUGCAGCCUUUUGUGGGCCUCUACCCAUCUGAUUUCUUCAUUGUCUAUAAUGCUGCCAUGGAGAUAACACUGUUUACUCUCCUGCUUUGUCCUAAGUGGUAUUUGAGAAAUGAGGCCUGUGAAUUUCCCUUUGUGAUAAUAAUACAGUGAACUCAGCAGUAUCUUGGCUAUAUUAGCUGAGCAUCUUGUUCCCCACCCCUGCUUUGUCUACACAGUGAGUCAAAAGUCUUGUCCAUGUCUGCUUCAGUAUUUGCUAUCAUAUAUUCACAUCAGAGCAUUUUGUUUUCUGUUAACAAUGUUCUUUGAUGCCUUGUGUGGCCCUUUUGGUUGAAUCUCUCCAAAUGUGGGUCAGCUACUGCCACCUGGCAAAUGACAGGUGAUACGCCAAAUCUCCUGUCCAUCCUUGUAACUAUAUCCUUCUUAAUGAAAUUCUGCAAAUGGCUGAGUAAUUAUAAAUGUUAUCUGUGCAGACACGUGGGCUUAAGGAUGUCUACAAAAUGUUAGGAAUUUUUGAAAAAGGGGAAGAAAAUAGUCUUGUCAAUAUGGGAACAGAUUUCCAUGAACUUUAUCCUACUCUUGGGGGAAAAAAAUUGUUCCUUGGCUACAGAAAUCAAAUACACUUGAUUUGCAGUGUCCAAGGACAUGAAUGAAGAUGGAUUGAGGUGGAAAAAUUCUGUCUCACAAGUAAUCAGUGACAUCUACCAGAGGUCAUUACAGCUACUUUUAACUGUGAACAUUCACCAGCUAAACUACUUACUUGCCACAACCAAAUAACCUCUCUCAAAGUAAAUCCAAUACAUCUGUAUAUAUGUGUAGAUAGAAACAACAAAAAGUCUGAAAAAGUACUGUUGACUAUUAGGUAAAUCAAGGCAAUGCUGAAAACAAUAAAGGACAUUUAAAUAACCAUGGGCCUUGGUGAAAUGACUGGAGCCCAGAAUGGUGCAACAAGAUGUCAUUGACAAGUCUAGUGUUUUUCCUAAGGCCCAGAUAUCUCAGAUACUCAUCACAAGAAUAAAGACUGUUGAAAAUGAAGUUAAAGCCAAGCAAUAAUGUGCCAAACAGAGGCAGUUAUACCAGCAAGUGCUUCUAUUAUGGGCACACCAUUGUAUGGCAUGGUUUGCUCCAUGAAGACUAACUGUAUCCCAAUGAUAUAAUAAGAAUGGCAUGAUUUCUGCUUUCUUGCUGGAAAAAACUUGUGUAGAAGCUCCAUAAAGAGCUGCAGCUCUAGUGAGCAUUAGUAGGAAUGUGCUUAACAUCUCUGUCUGAAUGCUAACCAAGACAGAAAAGGAGUCAGAAAGUCUUGCUAACUUAGAACUCAAGACCUCUCCAACAGGAAAAUGGUUGGAAUGGAGGGGUUAAACCUUGAAAAUUACUCUUCCUGGACAGGAGCAUGUAGAAAAGCAAUUCAAUUAACUCCGCCUGAGGGAUUACCAGCCUUAGCUAUGAAAAAUGGGUUCCCAAAUGUAAAAUAACUAAAACAUGAGUACUCAUCGAAAGGGGCCUCAAAUAAUGCCUUACACAAAAAGAUGUUCCAAAUGGGAGUUCCUAAAAACUAAUUCUUCAUCGAGUGUCUUUUUGGGCUCAAACUCAAAAUCAAUUGACUGCAAAACAGUAAGAAUGAAAAAUCACAUAUUUUACACUUCAGAAAAAUACACUGAUUAGCAGCCAGCAUAGUGAUAAUUACAGAGAUACCCCAGUGACUGAAGUGUAUUAAGGAGAAUUAAAUGGGAGAGAAAUGCUAACUUCUUUCUCUAUCCAAAGAUGUGGGAAUGUCAUCCACUUAUUUCUGGGGUAAAAAUUACAGCUUGCUUUUUGACAUUGCUGCUAGCAUUACUCUUUGUUACUUUAAAAAUUAAGUGUCUAUUCUUCAGCAAAACUUUUAAGCAGUUAAGCAGAUUUUUCUGAUUUAUAUAAUUGCUUUUAAUAUAUGAAGACUACAUAUAGAGAAAACUAUAUUGAAAGACUAAGAGAGGAUUCGUGAUUUUAGUUCAGACUCUCCUUAGCAUUUAUUUUAGACUACAUCUCCAAGUAAAUUAUUUUUCAUGUUUUCCACUGUGUCUUAAAAUGAUAUUAGUAAAUUAGGAGAUUCAGUAUUACAGUCAUACUCCUCAAUCCUGAGGGGAGAGGAGAGACUAAUUCUUGUUUUAAGAGCAUCUGGAGAGACCUUUCACUGAGGUCGAGAAAGGCAACAGAGCCUGAAAACUCAAGAGCAAAAUAUACUCAACAAUUACUAAAUUUCUAAAUGUAUUUAUCUCUGCUAUACUAACACGUGAACAAUAUGUUGUGCAUAAUACUGUAGUUGGUUGUGGUCUGUCAGUAUAUUCUGUAAGUGUGUACAGUCUGUGAGUGGUUGGUUUUCUAUUUUUAUGUGUAGAAAAAAUAUGCUGUAUCCCAUUUUAAGACCAAGUUCUGUCAUCAGGUAGGCACAUAUGAAAAUGAAUAAAGCCAACGAAAGUGUGCAUGUGUAUUCAGUACCAAGAUAUGUCCUUUCAUUUUUGAAGGUCAAAAAGGGCUGUUGUUUUUUUUUAAUCAUCCGAGAGUAGGUAACAUAACUAUCACAAAAGCUGAGUAUAAUAAUCAGUGCAUUGGCAUGUUACUAAAUAUGCCAGGGCUAAUUAACCAUGCCAUUAGUCACAGGUAAGGUCAGUUCUUUGACUACCAGGAUGAAUUACAUUCCUCACACAUCCUCUCUGUGUUAAGUGUGUGACUAGAAUGUACAUACUAUGGGUGUGAUUGUGUACAUACCUUGUAUGAAUAAUCUAAAUCCUCAAAUAAGUUACAGGAAAGCAGGAAGAUGAAACAGUUGUUCAAAAGCCUCAAAAGGGCUAUUCGAUGUGUAUUUUCAUUUCUACACAUAAAAAUGUAUACAUAACUACAUAGCUUACCCACAUAUAUAUGCACACAUAAAUGCAUUUUAUUGAUACUGGUAUAUUUAAGUCAUUAUAUACAACUAAUUGAAAACUGAAUAUUUCCAUGACUAUUCUGUUUUACGUACGUUAAUAUUGGACCAUAUGCUCCCCAUUAAAUGGAGUUACUCCCUAGUAGCAGAUUUGGUGCUUAGGAAAGACCAGUCCCACUGGACCACAAAAAUCCAGUUAGCACCUUACUAAGGCACAAACUGGUACCCAGGCAGCUUCAGAGGUCUAAUGCUGUUCCUUAAGCCCCUAAUUUUAUGUCUGGAAAUGACACUGGGGAAACCAACUAUGUUUUGUAGACUCCAGUUGUACAUUUAUUAGUGUGUUUAUUUGCACAGGCUGAUAAAAGCCCAUGUUUUUUGGAGUUAUAUUCAAAAGAAUAUAGAUUUCAAAAGAAUGUAUGUAUAAUCACUCAAAGUGGGAAAUGAUUGCAGGCAUUCUUCUGACAUCAGCAAAACAAUGUUUAGCAACACCAAAGAGAUGUCAAAAGAGCAAAAACUUAUUAAAAAUUACAGAUGUUGUUGGUGGGAUAAUAGGAUAUGAGCCAUUGGGAGUUCCUUAAGGAGGAUUCAGAUUGGUAUUAUUGGUAACAGGUAAUACUAUGUGGACUAGAUAAGACAUUAGUCAGCAAAUGUCCACACUGGACAACAUCUGCCAACUUACCACAGUUCCCACCGGUGAAUUGAUGUUGAGUUUCUCUUGUCUCUUCUAAAAGGAAAUUUUCCAUUAGAGAUCAAAAGGUCUGAUCUAGUUGCUAAAACCUAACAUGAUUUGACCCCAAUUCCUUGACACUAAAAAUUGUGUUGGCUGCAUAUUAGGUUGAAAAUAUGAAUGGAAAUACCAGAAUUGUCCAUUAUUAGAGAAUUCUUUACAGGAAAGUGCAAAUAUAACCACUUCUCAGUAGAAAGGUUAAUAAUGCCAUUUAAUAUAUUUAUGUUUCAGAGAAUGAAUGUGCCAUCUUUGUAUCUUAGAUAAAAAUGAGAGGCCAGUCAACCAUAAGAACACUACAAUUAGAACCAAUUACAACUGUAACUGCUUGUGUUUUUUAACUACUAAAAAUAUAUUUAUAAGAGUAUCAUACCUGAAAUCUUGAUGCUGAUCAAUAUUUACUCUUGUUUGAAAGAUGUAUUUAUGUGAUUGUUGUGGAAGAUGUGUAUUAAUUUAAACGCCACCCAGAAGAAUUACAGAUGUCGAUGUGAGAAUCACUUGUGUGUAAAAUACCCAGCUGAGAGAGACCAAGAGUGUAAUGUAGUGUUAAAUCGCUGAAGAAACAGUAGUAUUCAAAAUGAAAUUUCAUUUAUGAAUGUAGCAAUAUUAGAAUCUAAAGUUACAUCUUUUCAUGAUGUCUGUAUACAAAGGUCAUAAAAAUGGUUUAUUCAAGAAAGUCCUCAAUAUGUGGAAAUUGACUUGCCAAUAAAAACUCAUUGCCUAGGAAAAAAGAUGAAAUGUUAUGAUCUAUGUAAGGAUAGAUCAAGAUCUUGGAAUUGCAUAUCCACCCUCAUUUUGGACUUGAUAUUUGAAUUGAUAAAUCAAUGAAAUUCCACUGAUCACUUAGUUUUACUCUCAAAAAAUUUUCAGUUAUUUUUUUGCAUUUCAUUUUCCAUAAUAAAUAUAAUGUAGAUUAAAA